UAUUACAACGUGUAUUUGUACGAUUAAGGACUUCCUGCAAUCAUGUGGAGCGCUUCGUUGCAAUCAUUUUUAUUUCUCUUCACCUUGAAAUUAUUCGUUGCUAUGGGAAACGCACAUCCAAUUACCGAUGUAUCAGACAUAGAGCUUUCAAAAGCUAAUAAUAUAAUGACACCCGUUACGACUUAUACGUGUGUUUAUAUACCAUCGAAUUUAGAACUUUGUCAAUUUAUCAGUUAUAAAUCCAGAGAAAAUCUCCGGGAGCGCAAACUGUUGGAGAAUAAAAAGCGCAAGUUGGAGAGUAAUAAAAUAUACUUCACGUCACACACAUCGAUGCGUGCCCCAGGAACAAAAAAAUUUCAAAAGCAACCAUUCGUAAAAACUAUAAUAUAUAAAAUACAAAGAUGCGUACCGCCAAGAUUGCCAUUUAAUCUACCUUGGUGCACCAAUGAAGAUCUCUCCGAUAAGAACAGCGUGAUCUACGAGGUUUAUCCUUUCAUGAUACGCGACUAUUCAAAAGAAACAUACGAAUUUCCUAUGUACGAUGAUUUUAAACAAGCUCAAACGAUACCAAAAUCGGCAUAAUUUGUGACACACACUGUUGUGUGUAUUUGACGAAUUUAAAUUAUUAACAGGCUAUUAAUAGUCAUACCUAAGCCUGGGGAUAUUAGACAAAAAAGAUAUACUUCUUCAAUUUUAUUAUUUUUAAUUUCUGUUAACGAGAAUCCCAUGGACAAAGCCACAAAGUCAAAAGAAACAAGAGAAAAUAAAAAAAUUUUGGUACAUAAGAAUUAAAAGCGGAUGCAUUUUGUAAAAAUAAAUUGAAAGAAGGAAUGAGCGUAUAUAGCUCAAUGAAGGACAACAAAGUGAGAUAUAACUAAAAAUAAUGUUAGCUUUAAGCAAUAAGAAAUUUUUCUUCAGCAAUACACUGUAAUAAAUAGCAAGAGUAUAUGUGAUAAAAUAAUGUGAUCAUUAGUUCCGCCAUUGUUUAACAUAAUACUAUUGAUAGCAAUAUUAACAGAAAUAAUAAAUCAAUAUUGCACAUCAGAAACAUUUUAUAACGGUAAUAAAAUAAUCUUGUUGUAAUUCUACAUGUAAAAUUAUCCUAUGUCAUCAUGAUAUUAAAAAAAUUGGAAUAUAGAGCUAAGCAUCUUAACAUUAUUAUUGCUCUUUUAUGUGCCUUACAAAUUAAACCAUAUUUAAAAAAUACAUAUAUAUAAGAGAAUAAAAUAUAUACCUGAAUAUAAAAAAAAACAUAUGCUCCGAAUAUCUUGCAGCAAGAAGGUACGUUUAAUUGUUGUGUUCUAAAUUAUUUUUUAAUUUCAUUACCAAAAGUAGAAAGGGAACGAGUGCGCAACGCGUUUAAAAGUAAUAUCAAAAUAUGAUGAAAUAUCUGAAACUCUGUGAGAAACAGUGUCGAGUAAGGUAGACUGACUAUGAAAUUCGCGGUGAUCUGUGGAGCACCACGAUCAGGAGAGAACAUACAUCGGAUAGUUCUGAGAAAUAUAAGGCCAUUUACGUUCACAGGAGAGUCGAUGAAGGCGAGAAUGACCGACGAUGCGCAAUAAAGGAAACGUGAGAUAUCUUAUGGUGCAUCCCUGAUUCGAGCACGAGCAUCGCCGUUAUAAACGACACACGUGCUAAGAAAACCGCUGUUACAUAAAGCACCGAACGUGAUAGGAAUUUCGACUAAUGUAACGAAAGAAUAUUGCUAUACUCAUUCAGACAGUUGUAACUAAAUUAGUAUAUAUAAAGUAAUUAAAUUGGUAAUUAAAUUCAUCGGAUUUAUAGCCGCAGUGGUAUUAAGAGGCUACAAAAAUAUGAUGUGUUAAUUAAAAAUUUAAUUUUUUUAAAUUUAUAUAUAUCCUCAUUUACUUUCGAUAUCUCCAUACAUUGUAUUACAAAAACCGAUACCGGUUGCGAGAACUGUCGUAAUCAGUAUAUUAAAUAAAAAAAAAAUACAUUGUAACAAGUUAAAUUACUUAUAUACUAUAUAUAUUACGAUAAUUUUGCGUUCUGUUUUAUCAUUUGCUUUACUUAUAAGUCAAUAAAGACUUUUAAAUAUG